UGUACAUGUCUCCGUCCGCUUGUUUGUCUGCCUGUCCAAGUAGAAAUGCUGGCAAAAUACCCCCUCCUCAUCUAGUUGAAAAAAAAUGGCGGACAAGCGCUAAAAAUCUACGUUUGAAAACCAUUCUCACGUUUCAAAGCAAGAAGCGGAGCGGACGGAGAAACGCAGUAGAAAGAAGCUCAGGGUUAGACUGAAGGUAGAGGAGUGAGAGUCUGCUGCGGAGGACCGAUUCUGAUCUUCCUGUCGCUUCCAGGGAGCGGGUCGCUUUAAGUCGGACGCCAUCCCCCUUCGAGGUGGAAAAAAGGCGCACUUCUAUUGAAACGGGAAGCGAAGCGCAGACCAACGGUUAUGAAGUUUUAAGAGGAGAGCACUGCUGUGUUGUUAGCUGGUCUGAAUUGUUGGAGCAUGAGGAAACCUGUGCCACAAAAAGCGAUAGAAUGGAAAGAUGCCCGAAUCAUCAAGCAUGCUCGGAGUGGACGGCCCUCUCGGGUGCCUUCACAGUACCAAGCAGGGCACUUCAGCUGGGAGAAAUACUUGAAAGAAACAGGUGCUACCGCUGCUCCAUCUUCAUGUUUCAAACAGAGUCUAACACCUCCAGUUAAUGAGUUUAAAGUGGGGAUGAAGCUGGAGGCCCAGGAUCCGAGGAACACCACGUCCACUUGCAUCGCAACUGUCGUCGGCCUAACAGGAUCAAGGCUGCGGCUACGCUUGGACGGGUCGGACAAUAAGAACGACUUUUGGCGCCUGGUUGAUUCCUCUGAGAUCCAGCCAAUUGGCAGCUGUGAAAAGAGCGGAGGGAUGUUACAGCCACCCUUAGGUUUCCGUCUAAAUGCGUCUUCCUGGCCCAUGUUUCUGCUGAAAACGCUAAAUGGUGCUGAAAUGGCUCCCUCUCGCAUUUUCCACAAGCAGGAGCCUCCCUCCCCAGAGCAGAACUCCUUCCAGGUGGGAAUGAAGCUGGAGGCGGUGGAUCGGAAAAAUCCACACUUCAUCUGUCCGGCUACAGUCGGUGCGCUGCGCGGCGUCGAGGUGCUGGUCACCUUCGACGGAUGGCGCGGGGCCUUUGAUUACUACUGUCGCUACGAUUCGCGGGACAUAUUUCCUGUUGGCUGGUGCGCCCUGACUGGAGACAACCUUCAGCCACCUGGCACAAAAGCUGUGCUGCCAAAGAGCCUUGGUCCUCUGACAGAGGGUAGUGUAGAAAACCCAGCGAUGAAUCCCACCCCGACGGUGGGGAGGCCUCCUGGUCAGAGAGGCCGUAAGCCUGGGCGCAGGAAAACAAAAAUCACCGGCUCCUGGAGUCAGAAAGCUUCUGCUUUGGUAUCACAAAGCAUCCAGCCAGGGAAGGAUUUGGAGCCCAUCAAAAUCCCCAAGAAACGAGGACCUAAGCCGGGCAGUAAGCUGGGAUGGGGAAAGAGAGAUGGCUGGUUUGGGGAGGCCCUGACCGGACCUGGACGGCCAGUGACAGGACCAGGGAGAACCAGAGGAAGAUUUCUUGCCAGUUGGGCACAGAGGAUUGCUCUGCAGGAGGCCCAGGCUGAAUCAAUCAAGAUCCCAAAGAAAAGAGGGCCCAAGCCCGGCAGCAAGAGAAAACCUCGUGUGCUACCCAAUCCUGUCCCAACGUCUCCCACCAGCAGCACUCCAGAGCCUGACACCAGUACUGUACCCCAAGAUAAUGCCACCAUCCCCAACUCUGCACUGCAAGCUCCUACAGUUUGUGUGUAUCUCAAUAAGUACGGUAAGGUGGGACCCCAUCUAGAUCUGCGGCGCGUCCAGCAGCUCCCAGACCACUUCGGUCCGGGUCGGGCCUCCUCGGUGCUGCAGCAGUGUGUUCAGGCUUGUGUGGACUCCGCUCACAACCAGGCCACAGUUUUCUCCUGCCUCAAGUCGGGACAGGGAGGAGAGGUCAUUUCAGCAUUCUUUGACCAGCAGCAGCACACUCUGACCCUCCCCACUGUCAGUAGCGUCACAUACGUCCUCCGUUUCUUGGAAAAACUCUGUCACAACCUUCACUGCGACGCUUUGUUCGGCAGCCAGCCUGUGGCACGAGGAGGCGUUCACUAUGACAGUCAGUCAUACUCUGCAGAGAGGAGAGGUUUCGGUGACUCCCUGACCGCUGGCCCAGGCAAAGGCACAAAGCGCUUCCAUCAGGACGUCAACGGUCCUCUGUCUCAGAAACUAGCUAAGCUCCCAAGGCUAUCUGCUGAUGGUGAGAAUAGCGUUUCAGGAUCGGAGCACUUAAAGAAAAUCCCACUUUCUCCAAACUGUCCAGGACUGACGCCUGGCCUUAGAUCUCCCUCCAAACUGCUUCAUCAUAACAGCUCUGCAGGUUCAGGCAGUUUCCGGGAGAGUCCCAGACCCAGCGGUCAGGAUCCAAACCUUUGGACUGUUGAGGAAGUCAUGCAGUAUAUCCGAGAUAGUGACCCAGUUCUGGCUCCACAUGCUGACCUUUUCAGAAAACAUGAGAUUGAUGGUAAAGCCCUUCUGUUACUGCGCAGUGAUGUUAUGAUGAAAUACAUGGGUCUGAAGCUUGGGCCCGCGCUCAAACUCACCUUCCACAUCGACAAGCUUAAACGAGCUUAAAGAGGCCGUAUCAGCUGCAGCCUUUAAAAAGGCUCCCCUAUUACCCCAUCUCCCUUUUCCAGUGUCAGUAUACCAUGCACAUCAGAAAGGACAUAUACUGACCGUUUACAUGUAGCAAUUUACUUCUGACCAUCAUAUAUAUGGUCCCAUGUUCUCCUUUUUUUCCCUCAUCUAAUGAGGAAUGUGUAUUUUGUGUAGCGCAAUCUAGCUUACAGGCAGCACAGGAUACAUACAGCUGUUGGCUGAAAAUCCAUUUCUGUGAACAUAGGCGAUGAGAUUUAAGUCCAACCUUUCAUUUGGGAGCCUGUAGAACCACAGUUGGUAUGAUGUGGUUUUGCUUGUAUGCUAUUUGUCGUUUUUUACCAUACAUGGCACCAUGCAUGAUGGCCAAAUACCUCAAAUAAAUACACUUUAGCCACAUCUGUCCAAAGUUGUUUUGUUCCAGAUGUGCUGCAGUGUUUUGUUUUUUUGUUUUUUUUUUAGAAAGCAGAAGCUUUCUUCUGGGAACCCUUCCAGAUAAGCCAUAUACCGUUGGUGUUUUUGUCAUUAACUGUAAAAGACUGAGCUUUAAAUUGUUUGGAAA